AAUUAAAAAAUUGAAAGAAAAAAAAAGAGAGUCUAGAAUGUUGUAACGAGGAGCAGCGGAAACUCGUUUGUCAGCUCUCUUCUGUCUCUUGAAUCGGAUUGGACUCAGUAGGGUGGGCGGGGGUUGCAGUUGCAGCAAGCCACUCAAAUGAGUCAGGAAUCGUUCAUAUACAGUUUCGUGGCUCGAGGGACCAUGAUCUUGGCUGAAUACACCGAGUUCACCGGCAACUUUCCGGCGAUCGCGGCUCAGUGCCUGCAAAAACUCCCUUCCUCCAACAACAAGUUCACCUACAACUGUGACCACCACACCUUCAAUUUCCUUGUUGAAGAUGGUUACGCCUACUGUGGUGUUGCCAAAGAAUCUGUUAGCAAGCAGAUCUCAAUCGCAUUUUUGGAGCGUAUGAAAACAGAUUUUAAAAAGAGAUAUGGUGGUGGUAGAGCAGACACAGCUAUGGCCAAAAGUCUUAACAAGGAGUUUGGGCCAAUUAUGAAAGAGCACAUGAAGUAUAUCAUUGACCAUGCUGAAGAGAUCGAAAAGCUAUUAAAAGUGAAAGCUCAAGUUUCAGAAGUUAAGAGUAUCAUGUUGGAAAAUAUUGACAAGGCAAUUGAUAGAGGGGAGAACCUAACCAUUCUGGCUGACAAGACUGAGAAUCUGCGCUCACAGGGUCAGGAAUACAAGAAGCAAGGGACGCAAGUCCGACGUAAGAUGUGGUACCAGAACAUGAAGAUCAAAUUGGUUGUUUUCGGAAUCUUACUGCUUCUCGUCCUAGUAAUCUGGCUUUCUAUUUGCCAUGGAUUUGAUUGCACCAACUGACAAUUUUCUGCACAAGUGCACAUAAGAGAAAUCACAGUUUCUAGACAGCAGAAAUUCUUCAAAGCUUGUGCUACUAGGGGAGUUUUUUUCUUUUUUCUUCGAAAAAAUUAUAAAGGGGUUUUGGUCUUUUAGAUGUAUGGCUUUCUAGCUUCUUUCUAGUUUUGCAUUGUGAGAUUCUAGAGCUGUGAAAAACUGAAGCUCAGAGAGCGUGCCGGAAGGAUCAGCACGCUCCGACUGCCACAUCAAAAUCCAGCCGAAACCGGAGCCGGUAAGGCUUCACCCAUUCUGCAGUUGCGAAGAGGAUAUGGCCUUGAUGAUCCCUGCCCAUCAUUGCUGUACAAGAAAAAUAAGCUCAUGUGGGGUGAUUCACAAAUCACAAGCCUCCAGACUUUAUUUCUGGCCAUCACAUAAGAUCCAUCGCUACAAGAGUGAAGAGCUGAAAUGGGCUUUGUCAUGGGCUUGGGCUUGUGCUUGGGCUUGGGUUUGGGCUUGUGCUUGGGCUUGGGUUUGGGCUUGAGUUACCCUUAUUAUUACUUUUUUGGAUUGGACUUGGACAUGAUUGGUUUUUUUUUUUUUUAUAACUUAUAUGAAGUUUGGUUGGAGUUCUAACUUAUAUGAUACAGUACUUUAA